AUGGAAGAAGAACCCAUUAAGGAACAGCCCUCUGCUGGGAACUCUGCGAGACCCAAGCUUCUGAGAUAUGCACUCCGUUCUUCCACUAAAUCCAAGGAUCUCAAGCCAGAUGCAUCUGAUCGCUCCAAUUCUUCUGAAUCUAAGAGUGGGAGAAGUACUCCCAGUGUAAGUAAAAGUGUGAGUGUUCUUGAUUUCUCUGGCAAGGACAAGUCUACCAGUGCUAAACCACCAAGAAGGCUUUCCAUUCCUACCAAAGCAUCUGUCACUCCAAGCACAAAGCUUGUUGGCAACAUUACCCCAAUCUCAGAGGCCAGAACAAGGAGGUCUGGUAAUGGCCAAGGGCCACAAAGCAGAACCCAAACACCCACUUCUGACAUUUCCAGAACAUCCAGCCGAAUGAAGUUCAAUCUCCUGUCUUCAGCUUCAUAUUGGUUAAACCAGAUCAAACUCUCUGAAUCUGCUGCCAAGCACUCAGUUUCACUUGGAUUCUUCAAACUAGCUUUGGAGGCAGGAUGUGAGCCUUUCCAGAAAAUGCAAGAUGAGCUAAAAUCUUAUGUGCGACGACAUCAACUUGCUGAACUUGGAGAACAAGUGAAAGAACUGCUUGAAAGCUAUAAUAUUGAAGAAAACAUAGAGCAGUCGCAAUUGUCUGAAACUAUUUCACAGAUGCCAGAGUUGGGAGCUCCAUCCUCUGAUGACGAAGUGCACUGCUACAUUUCUUCUUCUACCAUGGCUGCUGGAAAAGUAAAACCAAAGUGCUCAAACACUGAUUCUACUCCAACUACUCCUGUUACAUCAGACUCAACCAAGAAGGAAACUCGUCAAAAGAAUACUCCUGGAUCAUCCAGGUUGAGAGAAAAUCUCAGAAUGAGCUCCGCAAAUUCAAGACAUGCCUUUGACAGUGGGAAUCGUAGGUCAGUUAAAAAAUCAGAGAAGCCAAGUAAGCACGAAACUAAUAAGGAGAAGGGAAAGAAAUCUAAUGUUAAAGAAGUUCCGCUCAACCCUACUACACUUGCUGAAGAUAAUGUACAGGGAAACAAAGAAAAUAUGGACGUUCAUACUACUGAUGAGAUCAGUUUGACAGAAGAAGUGUAA